UAUGCAUAAGCAUGAAGAUAAGUAAGUACAUGUGUAGAUGUUAUUGGAUUUUAUAUACACAUACACUGGCUUUUUAAACGCUUUAAACCAUGACAAAGGAAGGCAUCAAUGCGUGAAGAUUUUCAGCGGUGUCAGUGUGUGUUGUUUGGGGGUCGGUACUACUAUGGGGCUGGAGAACGAACAAGCAUGGCGAUUUCUCCUGGCCGGAGUCUCCAACAUGUGUGGAGCUACUGUGACAAACCCCAUAGAUGUAAUAAAGAUUCGAAUGCAGUUGGAGAACGAGUUGUCAGUACAUAAAGGACUAGAGGCCAUCAGGAAUAGAUACUAUGACGGAUUUAUCAAGGGAGGGGCGCGGAUCGUAAAGGACGAAGGAGUGGGAGGCCUUUAUAAAGGACUUUUUCCGUCGUUGAUACGAGAAGGUUCUUACAGUACAAUCCGGUUUGGUGCUUAUGAACCGCUGAAAGUUUACUUCGGCGCCACAGACCCCGCCCACACACCGUUAUGGAAAAAAAUCUGCGCAGGCGCCAUAUCAGGUACCAUAGGGAGCGCCAUAGCAACACCAACAGAUCUUAUCAAAGUGAGAAUGCAAGCCCAGGGUAAAUUAUUUGAAGGUGAAAUUCCCCGGUACACAAGUACUUUGGCAGCGUUUAGAGAGAUCAUUGUUACACAAGGUCUACGUGGACUUUACAUAGGAGUUGGACCUACUGUAAAAAGAGCAGCCAUUUUGACAGCCACGCAGAUUCCAAGUUAUGACCACGCAAAACACACCAUUUUGAACGCAGGACUUAUGACUGAAGGACCAUAUCUUCAUGUAAUAUCAUCCAUGAUAGCGGGGUUCAUGACGGCCUUGACUACGUCACCUGUCGACGUCAUUAAAACACGAAUCAUGAACCAACAGACAAACGUGGCACACCAUGAGAAGGUUUACAAGAACGCAUUUGACUGCUUCUUUAAGAUUCUACGAUCGGAAGGUCCUCUAGGAUUAUAUAAAGGUUUCAUUCCUAACUGGAUGCGUAUUGGACCUCACACUAUUAUCACCUUCUUCAUAUUCGAGGAGCUCCGCCAUCUUGUCGGAAUGGACCCUAUAUGACGGCUGUAUCGUGAUAUCUGUUUUCCUUUUUACAUUCAGCUCCAUAGCAUCUGGACUCUGUCCUGCCAGACAAGUCCCAGAAAGAGAGAGAUGCCAGGAUGGAAUCGGAAAUAACAUUUAAAAGACGGAAAUUAAUGUUUCUGUGCGAAACACGAAUAUAUGAGACCAUACUAAAUGUUUGAAAAUAAGAUAUACGUCAGGUGUGUGUGUUGGUAGCUCAUUACAAGUUGAUAUCAAUUACAGGAAUGUUUUUACGAAUUUCGAUUUUUUUUUACACUUAUAUAUAUGAGUACCUAUAAGAACAUAAAAAUGAUUUUCUGUUUUA